UAAUCACUUAACAACAAGAAAGAAUAAAAACUUAUGUGAAAAAAAAUCGCACAUGAUCUUUUAAUUAUCAUUUGAGCAGAGGAGGAGGUUGAAUGGAAUGACUCCAGAGUUCUCAAUGCUUAUUUAUAACAAUGAAACGACUGGAAUACAUCUUGUCAGCCUGCACCUUUCUUCUUGCAAUCCAAAGUUCCUUCCCCAGACAUGUACCACUACAAACAGAGAAUGAAAUAGGAUACUUGAAAACACCUGGGAGGGCUAGAUCUAAUUCUUACUGGAAAACAAAGGAUAACGCAGUAGAACCUCCUCUGCUCAUUGGAUCUUUCAAUAUUCAAACACUGAGCAAAAGGAAACUGAGAAAUGGAAUGUUGAUGCCCACCAUUGAAAAGAUUGUUCACCGUUACGAUUUGAUUCUUAUUUUGGAACUCAUGACAAACGAUCCUAAAUUGAUGGAAAAAUUUGUGCAAGAUGUCAAUGAUUAUGCUCCGGAAGGCGUCAAGUACAACAUGACAGUUAGCAUUGAUCCGCAUGUUAACGAAUAUAUUGCCAUUUUCUACAGGACUGACAAAUUAAGGAUGCUAAAAUCCGAAUCUUAUUACGAUCCUGAGAAAUUUUACCGCAAACCUUUCUUUUUGCUGUUUGACUCACCAACGCUGAGAGACAUGAAGCGGUUCGGACUCAUUGGAUAUCACGUGAAGCCAUCUCAAGCUGUUAGAGAAAUUGAUGCACUGGCCGAUGUAUACGAUUUUAUGAAAGAUAAAUAUGAUAUCGAGGACAUCUUGAUAAUGGGCGACUUUAACGCAGACUGCGAUUAUGUGAAGGAACAGAACUGGGACAGCAUCUCGCUCUGGACUAGACACGAAUUCACCUGGGCCAUCCCUCGAACUGAAGACACCACCACCAAUUACAGAAGUUGUGCCCUCGACAGGAUUGUAUACGCUGGUGAAAACAUGAAUUCUGGUGUCAUUCUAUCAUCUGCAGGAGCAUUUGACUAUCGAUACGAGUUCGAUGUAACGAUGGAAGAGGCACGUUCGAUUUCCGAUCAUUGGCCAGUUGAAGUUAAAAUCAGAGGAAAAAUGUCAAAACUGGCUGAAAAGCAUUUGACUUCUGAUGUUUGCUUUACCAUCCAUGAUUCAAGAAAGCCUAACAUAACCAAGGACAGGAUUCUAAAAGCUUGCCAAGUUGCCCAGUUCAAGCCAAUGUCUACACCAUCGGGUUUCUCUCUACGGAACGAAACUAGGGAAUUCGUCCACAUGUUGGCCGCAAUCUCAAGGCUGAGAAAUGCUUUACCUGAAGCCAUUACCAAUGAGCAAUCUGAAGCAAUUCUCUUUAAAGCCAAUAAUGGUGGAUUGAAUGACGAGAGUUCUUACGCCGACAGCCAACACGUGGUUUUCAAAGUAGUUGUCUCAAUACUGAACAGCAGUUCUGAAAUACUCGUUUGUAGAACUACAACAGUCAAUUAAAAUCCCUCUCUUACCAA